CGUUGUGAAACUCACCUGUACGUUUACCCGUCAACGCCACGCCUCAGGAACCUGUCAGGAAGAUUUAGGAGAAAGUUUUCUAUUACAGAAAUUACAGACAGCAGUCAAGACGAGCGACUGAGACUUUGAAGAGGAUUUUAGAGACGAGACGUUUUGAACUUGGACGAAAACAGUUUAACCCGCAGACAGGAAGUUUACAGAAACCAGGCAUGGAGGAGUUAACGAUAUGGGAGCAACAUACAAUAACACUAAACAAAGAUCCCAAACUGGGGUUCGGUUUUGCCAUAUCAGGAGGCAAAGACAAACCUCAUCCAGACAAUGGGGAUACAGCUGUGGUGGUGUCCGACGUGCUGCCAAAUGGACCGGCCAUGGGACGACUGUUCACCAAAGACCAAAUAGUCAUGGUCAACGGAGUGUCUAUGGAGAACGUCCACUCUAACUACACCAUUCAGACCCUCAAGAGUUGUGGCAAGACAGCCAACGUUACAGUGAAACGGCCUCGUAAGAUCCAGAUCCCGGCGACUGCCAGGCCGUCUCGGGCCGCCUCCCACUCAAACCUGCUGGACCAGGACCCUCCCAGACGAGCACGUCGCUACUCUGAUGGCAGCGACAACCGAGAUUCCAACCGCUACCGUUACCGCGCGCGCAGCACCACGCCUGACCGCAACGGACAUGGAAACACACUACCCUUAAUGUCAACAGGGUACAAGAGGCUGCCGCAACAGGACGUUGCUGAGAAACCCAUCAGAACGACUCUUGUUAAAAAGAAAAUCACAGAUGAAUACGGAUUGAAGCUCGGCAGUCAGAUCUUUAUAAAGCACAUGACAGAAUCAGGCCUAGCUGCAAAGGAAGGCACGCUGCAGGAGGGAGACCUCAUUCUCAAGAUCAAUGGCAUGACGACAGAGAAUCUUUCCCUGCUGGAGACCAAGCACCUGGUGGAGAAGAGCAGGGGCAAACUGACCAUGACAGUGCUCAGGGACAACCGCAAGUUCCUGGUCAGCAUCCCAGAGGUGGAGGACAGCGCCCCCAACAGUGAAGACGACCACCGCCGAGACAGCAGCUCUGAGCUGGAGGACAUUUCAGACCUUGACAUGCCCUCUCACAGAGCAUCUCGUCAACCCACCAGAGAGAAACGGACACGCAGAACGAGAGCUGAACCUCCUCCAGCUAAGUCUCGGGAUUCAUCACCUGUGCGCUCCACCUUGAGUCGACCUGCUCCAAGAAGCUACGCCACUCGCAGAGCUCUGUCUGACUCGGAGUCGGACCGCAGUGCCUCUCCUCCUCCCACCAGGAGAGAACGAGACAGUCCGGAGAUGAAGGACCAGUCCAGCAAAUACAAAACUCUGUCUGGAGUGUCAACCCUCCCCAACCCCAGAUCCUCUCCUGUAGUUCACAACUGGACCACCUCUCGAACUUCCUCCUCCGCCUCACGGCCCCGAAGGCCGGUGUCAGAUUCGGACUCUGACCGCAGCGCUUCCCCGCCACCACGCAGUCAUGGCCCCCGGCCAGACAGCAGAUACAAAGUUCUUCCUGACCUGCCCCACCCAGGGCUGAGAGCUUCCCCCGUCCACGUUCGACAGGAGCCACCAAGGAGGGUCAACUCUCCUGUCAGAGCCCCGCCCCCAGACUCUGAGUCCGAGUCAGAUAGCAGCUUGGGGCCUCCUCAGAGGCAGAGCACCACAUACAGCCAGGACUCCAACAGCAGAUACAGAGUCCUGCCAGAUGUUUCCCAGCAGCCCCAGCUGGAGCCGCCAAGAUGGAGUGCCGCCAGCGUCACUGCCAGCAAUCCACCACCAAAAGCUCAUUCAGAGUCUGAAUCAGAGGCCAGUUAUGCAUCUGUCCCUCGCAGAGAAUCUACAGACAGCGGAAACUCAGCCAAAGACAAAGUCCUUCGUGAGAUAAAAUCCCCCUCAGUCGCUGUGAGGCAGGAGCCCCCUCGGCGAGUCCCAUCACUCACCAGACCUCCUCCUGACGAUUCCUCAGGGUCAGACCAGCUUUCAUACCUCAGGAGGUCAGGGAGCUCCGAGCGGGGCGAGACCCACCGCAGUGUUCCCGCUGCAGCUAAUGGAUCUGGCACCCUGAGGUCUGGCAUUUCAGUGAAGAGCAACCCACCUGCCUACUCCAAGUCUACAGAAGAGCCCAUUUACUCUUUACCUCCAGAUUCUUACCCAUCACCAGCCAAUCCAGGGUACAGCUCAGAUGUGCACACAGUGGCAUUUGUGAAGGAGGGCAGUGUGGGUCUGAGACUCGUGGGGGGCAACGAUGUCGGUAUCUUUGUAGGUGGAGUUCAGCCAAACAGCCCUGCCUAUGACCAGGGAAUGAAGGAGGGAGACCAGAUCAUGCAGGUAAAUAAAGUUGAUUUUGGCCAUUUUACUCGUGAAGACGCAGCCAACUUCCUCCUGAACAUCAAGAGAGGAGAGAUGGUUGAAAUCUGCACUCAGAACAAGAUGGACAUUUAUAAGAAGAUCAUCAAGUCCAACCUGGCAGACAACUUCUACAUCCGCACCCACUUCGACCACGAGGCAGACACCCCCAUUGGUCUGAACUUCACCAGAGGAGAGGUGUUCAGGGUGGUGGACACGAUGCACCGUGGGAAGCUGGGCAACUGGCUGGCCAUCCGCAUGGGGAACGACCUGCAUGAGCUGGAUAAAGGGACCAUCCCCAACCAGGCCAAGGCGGAGACGCUGGCCAGCAUAGAGCAGGCACAGCGGGGGACUGGAGAGAAACAGGUGACGGGACCCAGAGCUGAGUUCUGGAAACUACGAGGGCUCAGAGGGAACAAAAAGAACGAAAAGAACGUCCGCCGGUCUCGCGACGACCUCCUGCAGCUCACCAUCCAGGGCAAAUUCCCGGCCUAUGAGAGAGUCCUGCUCAGAGAAGCUAAUUUCAAACGGCCCAUCGUCAUUAUGGGUCCCCUUAAUGAUAUCGCUAUGGAUAAGCUGGCCAGAGAGAUGCCUGAUGAAUAUGAAGUGGCAGACAUGGUUCCUCGCGGUGGAGGAGACGGUGGCUCCACAGUUAUUAAACUGGACACUGUGAGGAGGAUAGCAGAGAAGGACAAGCACCCUCUGCUGGACAUCACUCCCACUGCAGUGGAGAGGCUGAACUACAUCCAGUAUCACCCUAUGGUACUGUUCUUGGACCCUCACAGCCGCAAAGACGUCAAGACCAUGAGGCAGAAGUACAACCCCAACUCAAACAAGAGCUCCAGACGGCUUUACACACAGGCCCUCAAGUUGAGGAAACACUGCAGCCACCUUUUCUCAGCACGUAUCGACCUGCAGCCCAGCUCCAAUGUUUGGUAUGAGAUUCUGAAGGAUAAGAUCCGCCACCAGCAGUCAAAACCCGUCUGGGUGUCUGAAGUCACGUUGGAGAGUGGUGGAGAACAGGACCUGGAUGCGCUGGACCAAACCCAGUCUGACUACCUCAGUGCUGCUAGUGACCUAGAGGACACUGAUGGAGAAGCCUUCACCGACGGAGAGGCCUACACAGACAACGAGGACCUGGAGGAGGCUUACCCCGGUCAGCAGGCUGCCAGGCUCCCGCGAGGCUCCAGGGUAGCUGGAGCCGCUUUAGCCCGAUCUUCCGAGCCGGCCUCGGGGCACCACAGCCCCGCCAUGGACUCUGAGCCUGAGCCUGACUCAUACUCGCUCAGAGAAAUCCCACCUCUGAUGCACGUACCUGAACCCAGGUCGCUCCACCGAGAGAAUCCCAGCCCGCCUCACAGCGCUGAUGAGGAGGAAGACCCCUCUCAUCGCAGUUUUAUGGACUCAGAUUUCAGCGCCCUUGAUAGGGGUACACCCACCACUCCAUCAGAUGGACCCCCAGAUUUUAUAGCCCCAGACCCCUCCACUCGAUACUCUGUAAACGAGCCUACAUAUGCUGAGGUGCAGCGUGAGAACCCACAACACGCCAGCCUGUCUACUAUUGAAGAUAAAUUACAGGAGGCUCGGUCGGCAGAGCCACAGGCACAAGCUGAGGAAAAGAAGGGCCCUCAGUUCAUCGUGCUAGCACAUCAUCACCAAGCGGUCCAGUACAGACGCACACAGAUCCGAGGAGGCAGCGACAGCUCCGAGGAUGAAGAAGAUGAAAUGGAUGACAUUGAAUGGGGUCCAGCGACAGAACUCUAGACAACCCCUUGUGUCGAGGAUUAAAGCUACAGUCUACUGAUCUGAUGAGACAUUGAAACAAUUUCACUCCUCUGUUCCCCAGAAAGAUCUACAUGACAAGAAAGUCUGGGGUGGGAUAUCGGCGACUGCAACAGAUUAGAUUACAACUUUUAACAGAUUGCUACAAGUUUUUAACACUGAAAGAAUGCUUCUCGGAUGAAUGUUAAGAUACAGGUGCCUGAUUUCUUUUUAGAGUUUUUUAUUCAAAUAACAUCAUGUAAAACAAAUCAAUUUGUCAUCAUCACUGUCUUUAAAAUAUAAACAAAUUGUAGUUUUAUUAGAUAUCAUUCUAAAUUGUACUGCCCUCACAUUGAGUCUCUUUUUAUGGAAAUUUGCAAGGACGUUUAUUGAAUAUUUGGAUGCCUUUUCAAGUUUUUCUACAUUAAACUGUUUUUCUGAUUUUGAAAAGUGGUUUGAUCAAUCAUACAAAAUGGCAAAAAACUAUGAAUAUCUUUUAUGCUUUGUUUAGUAUUUGUCUGAUCAGUUUCUGAUCAUUGAUAAUUACAUUCAUGUAAGUUCACUGUAAAAGAUUAUUGGAAAAAAAAAAAAGGUUUGGUAAUACGCACCACUAAAGCACAAUAUAAAUAGAUGUGCUGAGCUGCUUCUGCAUUUUUACCUACUGUAAUCUUGAGGUUUGCUUUGUGCAGGGGCCUUGUGUCAAAAUCUAGUUUUAAUACAUUUAAUAUAUCAGUUGACAUUAUGCUAUAUGGUGCAUAUUCUUAAAGGGCUUUGUGUGUAAUCAAAUGAUGUCAAACUAACAGAAAGAGAGGUUUCAUUCUGUCAUUUCAUCACAGCAGUUCUCGUUGUCCAGUCCCCCUCUGGUGGUCAAAGCCAAAAAUGUGUAAAUAUCAUUUUGAUGUGGCACUCACCAUUUAAAAGCCAGUAUUAUAAAUAAUAAUAAUAAUUUAAGAUUGAUUUGUGUACCAUAUUUUUUAAUCACAAAUGUGUGAGAAAGGAAAAGUAUAGAAGCAAAGACAGAAUGGAAAAAAAAACAUUUUAGAUACAACAGAAUAACUUCUAAUUAUGAAAUUUAAACACUACUGAAUAUUUACUGUUGGAGACUGAAUACUGAAGUUAGAGUAAAAACGUAAAAAGUAUUGAAAUCUUUUUUAAAUACAUUGUUUGUUUGUUUUUAAAUAUUGAAAUAUUUUUUAGUUUCAAAACAAUCUUUAUGAACUGAUGUGCUUUGAAUACCACCCUGACAUUUCUAGAUGGUCAUUUAAAUUUUUACAAUUUUAAAAGUGAGUUUUCCUUUUUUCUCGUGUCCAGAGCUUCUCAUCUGCUCUUCUCUCUCCUUGAUUGCUUUUUCUAUUCUUGGUAUCCUUUAAAUUUUUCAUCAUGACAUUUUGGUGUCUGAAUUUCACC